CGCUUUUUAACCGGAAAAGGCGGGGCUCGUUUCUGCACGAGCCUGAUUUGAUGUAACAUACAAAACAAAGAAAGUUUGGGGUUCCAGAUGCCUUAAUUCAACUCCUGACUGCACGAACGAAAAUGUCGGAGUUAAGUGAUGAAUCCAGUGAGUCGGAACAGCUGGGGGCCAGCCUCUCCCUGUGGCUUGGUGACCCCCUGGUGCGAUCGGAGGAGCUGAAUGUUCCUCUGGACCUUCACACCGCCUGCUCCAUCGGACAGUACGGGGUGGUGGCUGAAUGCAUUCAAACGCGUGAGGUGAACCUGGACGCAAAGAACAUCGGAGGAUGGACCCCGCUCAUGUAUGCCGCCUACAUCGGCCAUGACAACAUCGUGAAUCUCCUGCUGGAGGCGGGUGUGAACGUCAACUCCACCACCUCCACAGGACUAACCUCCCUGAUGCUGGCAGCCAGCUGUGGGAACGAGAGCAUUGCAGACGUCUUGCUUCAGCACGGCGCUGAGUUGGAGCUGAAAGACUCUCGGGGCUGGACGGCUCUGUUUCACUGUACAAGCACAGGUCAUCAACAGAUGGUCAAGUUCCUGCUGGAUCACAAUGCAGAUGCCAAUGUGAAAGAGCCAGGAUCAGGGUUCACUCCCCUGAUGGAGGCUGCAGCUUCUGGACACGAAAUCAUUGUUCAGUACUUGCUGGACCAUAAAGUUAAAGUUGAUGACCGAAACGCGAAAGGAGAGACGGCCCGUGCCCUCGCCGCAAUUUAUGGUUAUACCAAGAUUGUCAGUCUCAUUGACUCACGUUUGCCAAGAAUGAGACUAGGACACCUUGAAGACCUCAGCUCCUCGGAGGACUCUGACGGCGGUCCGCCGAGAAUUCGACCGAGUCGAAGCCAAGCUAAAGGUGUCAGCAUCCACGAUGGGCCCCAGGCCAUCGCCAAGUUUAGAGUGGGUGGCACAAGCAAGCUUGCUGAGCCUUCAGCCGUAGCGCCAGGCUACAUGUUUCCGGGUGAGCAGAGUGAAGGCCUCUGCCAUCGCGAUGUGACUUCACCAAUCAACGAGCUGGACGGCCAGAGCCACAGUAGCAGAGAUGACAGCCCGUUCUUUGAGAACAACCUGCCCACCAUGAGGAGCAGCAGCAGCAGCAGUGAAGGCCUGCCUCAUGUGAUCAACUGUGAAGGCUCCUUGGAGAGUAAUGAGGACUCUGAUCCGUGCAAAAGGAGCAGCUCUCGCAGAGCUGCAAAGAGUCAUCACUCGAAAGGAAAGAAUCGUCUUGGAAACACUGGUGCUGGUCCUCCCAGCAGGUCGGGCAACUGCAAAUGCACACGUGCUGCUCCACCUCCAUCCUACAACGGCCCAAAGGACCUGGCGGAUUUCCUGGAGCAGAUCGGCUUUUCCAAAUACCUCCCGCUGCUUGAAAAAGAGGACAUCGACCUGCGGAUAUUUCUCACCCUGACAGAAAAUGACCUUAAAGAAAUAGGGAUUACGCUGUUUGGACCCAAACGUAAGAUGACUUCAGCCAUUGCGAGGUGGCACAGCAACGCUCGACCCCCAAGUGACGCCCUGGAACAAGCUUAUGCUGACCAGCUUGAGGCGGAGAUGCAAGAAAUGGCCAUUCAGCUGCAUAAGCGCUGUGAGGAGGCAGAGAGCCUGCAGAGUCAGGUGUCUCAGGAGAAAAAGCUGCGUACAGUGAUGGAGGGAUGCCUGAUGGAGGACAAAAUGGCGUGGAAGAGGGUCCACACCGAGUUAGUGGAGAACCACCGGCUGGCCCAGGAUGCAAACGCAACCCUGACAAAGGCGAGAGCCUGUCGAACUGAACUGUUCUCUUAUCUAACAUCCCAUGAGAACAGAGGUCUGGAAGGGGAAGGAAAAAAGAAUAAUCCGGAAGAAGGUGGGUCCAACAUACAAGGGCUGAUGAAGAAGCUGGACUCCUACGAAGAAGAACUUGCUGGAAACCUCCAAACUUUACUUCAGAGUCUGAGGCGGCUGAGUGCACCAGAAAGCGUGUCAGACAGCUUGGAGCGACCUUGAGCCCUUCAGGGCCAAUGCCUGUAUUUGACGGAGGGUGAUGCAACCACCCUGAACAAUCUCAGACGACGAUGAAGAAGAGGCCAGCCUGCUGCAGCAGACGUGCAGCUCCAUCCUGGACCAGAGCUCGCCAGAAGAAGACAAGUGCAAUGCAGCAGCUGCUGCAGGAGAAGCAGACGGGAAGGGUACCUGACCCUCUCACCUGUGCAAGCUGGUUUUCUACCACAGUGAUGCAGAGAAAGUACAGAGAGGGAGGGAAGCCGUUUGAAAAUUCUAGUCCUGGUUUUUAAAGCGUGGCUCAGAUGGACAGAAACAAAUACAAUCAGGAAAAUCCCAAUGAAAUGUCACAUUUGUGCUGUAGAUCCUAACAGAAAGUGUCUUGCUGAAUGAAAAUCAACUUGUAAAAACAUUCUAGAUUUUCCCCUCAAACAUCCAACAUGAUUUUUGGUUUCAUGUUAGCUCACAUUAAAAUACAACAAAUGAGAAA